AGGAGGAGGAGGAGGAGGAGGAGGAGGAGGAGGAGGAAGGCUGCGCGGGGCCGGAGGGACGCGGGAGCCCCCCGGCCGCGCAGGAUGAAAGUCACGGUGUGCUUCGGGAGGACCCGGGUGGUCGUGCCCUGCGGGGACGGGAACAUGAAAGUUUUCAGCUUGAUCCAGCAAGCGGUGACCCGGUACAAGAAGGCGAUCGCCAAGGAUCCAAACUACUGGAUACAAGUGCAUCGCCUGGAGCACGGGGAUGGUGGGAUCCUGGAUCUGGAUGACAUUCUUUGUGAUGUGGCUGAUGACAAAGACCGUCUCGUGGCUGUGUUUGAUGAGCAAGACCCACACCAUGGGGGUGAUGGCACCAGUGCCAGCUCGACAGGCACGCAGAGCCCGGAGAUUUUUGGCAGUGAGCUUGGCUCCAACGCGGCAUCGGCCUUUCAGCCUUACCAAGCAACAAGUGAGAUUGAGGUCACCCCGUCAGUCCUUCGUGCAAUGACCGGGGGAGCAGGACGUGCAGCUGAAGGCUCGAGGAGAGGUCACUGCCAGGGUGCUGCUCCGGGAGCUGCAGGAGGAGAAGCCAUGUAUAUGCCUCUCCAUGUCCGACGUAGUAGCGACCCUGCACUGAUUGGCCUCUCCACCUCUGUGAGUGACACAAAUUUUGCUUCAGAAGAGCCUUCUCGGAAAAACCCUACCAGGUGGUCCACAACAGCAGGCUUCCUCAAGCAGAACACCCCCGGCGUGCCCAGUGCUCAUGAAAGAAAGAAAGAUGAAAACUACAGAAGCCUACCACGAGAUACUAAUAGCUGGUCUAACCAGUUUCAGAGAGACAAUGCUCGUUCAUCGUUAAGUGCCAGUCAUCCUAUGGUGGACAAGUGGCUGGAGAGGCAAGAACAGGAUGAAGAUCGAACAGAGGAGGACAACAGCAGAGUUGAGCCUGUUGGACAUGCAGACACUGGUUUGGAGAAUGCUACCAAUUUUUCCCUGGAUGAAAUGGUAAAGCUGGUAGAAGUCUCCAAUGACGGCGGGCCUUUGGGGAUCCAUGUAGUGCCUUUCAGUGCCCGAGGCGGAAGAACCCUGGGGCUGCUGGUGAAGCGAUUGGAGAAGGGUGGGAAAGCUGAACAGGAAAACCUUUUCCGUGAGAAUGAUUGCAUUGUCAGGAUUAAUGACGGAGACCUGCGGAACAGGAGAUUUGAACAAGCCCAGCAUAUGUUCCGGCAGGCCAUGCGCACGCCGUUCAUUUGGUUCCACGUGGUGCCCGCGGCAAGCAAGGAGCAGUACGAGCAGCUGUCCCAGAGCGAGCACGUGUACUACCCCAGCCGCUUCAGCCCCGACUCCCAGUAUGCCGAUGGCAAAAGUGUCAACAGUUCUGGCCUCCACACCUUGCAAAGGAUGUCCAGAGCGGGCAACCACUCCGAUCAGACAGACUCCUACUCGCAGCUACCUCACAGUGUGAAUUCGUCAGGGAAGCCACCCUCCGGCCUGGUGCCGUCACCUCAGAAAGUGCUCACCUCCACUGCAAACAGUGGCUAUAACACCAAAAAGAUAGGCAAGAGGCUCAGUAUACAGCUGAGAAAAGGUACAGAAGGCUUGGGAUUUAGCAUUACUUCAAGAGAUGUCCCAAUUGGUGGCUCUGCUCCAAUUUAUGUGAAAAACAUCCUUCCGAGAGGUGCAGCUAUUCAAGAUGGGAGAUUGAAAGCUGGAGACCGAUUAAUUGAGGUAAAUGGAGUUGAUUUAACAGGCAAAACUCAAGAGGAAGUUGUGUCCUUGCUGCGCAGUACCAAGAUGGGAGGAACCGUCGCCCUUUUGAUUUUUCGACAGGAAGAAACAUUCCAUCCAAGGGAACUGAAUGCAGAACAAAGCCAGUCACAAAUUCCAAAGGAAACGAAAGCAGAAGAGGAGGAGCUUGUCCUCACACCUGAUGGCACCAGGGAAUUCCUGACUUUUGAAGUUCCUCUGAAUGACUCUGGCUCAGCUGGGCUUGGCGUGAGUGUCAAAGGUAACCGGUCAAAAGAAAACCACGCCGAUCUAGGAAUCUUCGUCAAGUCCAUUAUUAACGGGGGAGCAGCAUCCAAGGAUGGCAGGCUUCGAGUGAAUGAUCAGCUAAUAGCAGUUAAUGGAGAAUCAUUAUUGGGCAAAACAAAUCAAGAUGCUAUGGAAACCUUAAGGAGGUCCAUGUCCACCGAAGGAAACAAACGAGGAAUGAUUCAGCUUAUUGUGGCGAGGCGAAUAAGUAAAUGCAAUGAGCUGGAAUCACCUGGGAGCCCCUCCGGGCCGGAGCUGCCCAUAGAGACUCUGCUGGAUGACCGGGAGCGGAGGAUUUCCCACUCCCUCUACGGCGGGAUCGAGGGUCUCAGCGAGUCGCCCACAAAGAACGUGGCCUUGGGCAGGAUAGUGGGUAAAUAUCAGCUGUCUCCAACAGUGAACAUGCCCCAGGAUGACACUGUCAUUAUUGAAGAUGACAGGUUGUCAGUCCUUCCUCCUCAUCUCUCUGACCAGUCAUCAUCCAGUUCCCAUGAUGAUGUCGGGUUUGGCACUGUUGAUGCUGGUGGAUGGGCCAAAGCUGCAAUUAAUGAGUCAACAGACUGCACUCUUAGUCCAGAUGUUGAUCCAGUACUUGCCUUCCAGCGAGAGGGUUUUGGACGCCAGAGCAUGUCAGAAAAGCGUACAAAGCAAUUUUCAGAUGCCAGUCAGUUGGAGUUUGUUAAAACACGAAAAUCCAAAAGCAUGGAUCUAGGUAUAGCUGACGAGACUAAGCUCAGUACAAUGGAUGACCAGAAAACAGGUUCCCCAACCCGAGAUGUGGGGCCUUCGCUGGGUCUGAAGAAGUCCAGCUCGCUGGAAAGCCUGCAGACAGCCGUGGCUGAGGUGACUCUGAACGGGGACAUCCCUUUCCACCGCCCACGCCCGCGCAUCAUCCGGGGACGCGGCUGCAACGAAAGCUUCAGAGCUGCCAUUGACAAAUCCUACGACAAACCUGUAGCAGAUGAUGAUGAUGAAGGCAUGGAGACUUUGGAGGAAGACACAGAGGAGAGCUCAAGAUCUGGCAGAGAAUCUGUGUCCACAGCAAGUGACCAGCCAUCUCACUCAUUAGAGAGACACAUGAAUGGAAGCCAAGAUAAAGGUGACAGAAAAAAAACUGGAAAGGAAAAGAAGAAAGAUCGAGAUAAAGAGAAGGAUAAAAUUAAAGCAAAGAAAGGAAUGCUGAAAGGCUUAGGAGACAUGUUCAGGUUUGGCAAACAUCGCAAAGAUGACAAGAGUGAGAAAACUGGUAAAAUAAAAGUGCAGGAAGCUCUUACUUCAGAAGAGGAGAGAAUACGAAUGAAGCAAGAACAGGAGAGAAUCCAGGCGAAAACUCGAGAGUUUCGGGAGAGACAGGCCCGGGAGCGUGACUACGCGGAGAUCCAGGAGUUUAACCGGACGUUCGGCUGUGACGCGGAUCCGAUGUACGCGGGCAUCGCCGCCUACGACGCCCCGGGCAGCGGCACCGUCCCGCUGAGCGCCCGCCCGCAGAGCCCCCGCGAGGGGCACACCGUGGAGGCCUUGUACGCCCAAGUGAAGAAACCACGCAGCUCAAAGUCUUCACCUGUGGACAGCAGCAGAUCGACCCCCAACAACCACGACCGGAUACAGCGCCUGAGGCAGGAGUUCCAGCAGGCGAAGCAGGACGAGGACGUGGAGGACCGGAGGCGCACCUACAGCUUUGAGCAGCCGUGGCCAAACACCAAGACGUACUCGCAGAGCGGCCGGCACUCCGUGUCCGUGGAGGUGCAAAUGCAGCGGCAGCGGCAGGAGGAGCGGGAGAGUUUCCAGCAAGCCCAGCGCCAGUACAGCUCCCUGCCCAGGCAAAGCAGGAAAAAUGCCAGUUCUGUAUCUCAAGACUCCUGGGAGCAGAGUUAUUCCCCUGGAGAAGGGUUCCAGACUGCGAAGGAAAACCCCAGAUAUUCCAGCUACCAGGGAUCAAGGAAUGGCUAUAUGGGGGGACAUGGCUUUAAUGCCAGGGUGAUGCUAGAAACACAAGAACUGCUCCGUCAAGAGCAGAGGCGGAAAGAACAACAACUGAAAAAAAAAACUUCUUCUGAAGGGCCUAGCAACUAUGACUCAUAUAAGAAAAUUCAGGACCCUAAUUAUACCCCUCCUAAAGGUCCUUUCAGACAAGAUGUACCACCUUCACCAUCUCAGGUGGCGAGGCUGAACAGAUUGCAAACACCAGAAAAGGGAAGACCAUUCUAUUCUUGAGGUGAAGAAAACGAGGAUCAGCUCACCAUGCAAUAAGGAACAUUUUCAUACAAAGACUUAUAUUUUGAAAACUUUUUACACUGCUGGUACUAAGGAAUAUACCCGUUCUCUAUUUCAGUGCCUUGGUGGGCCCUGCCCGUGUCUUUGCCGCUCUGUCCUGAGCGCUGAGUCCGCGGAGGGACGUCCCACCCUUUGACAAUUACAGUGGAAGGGAGCAGCACUGCCCCUGCCUCCCGAGCCCCCAGCCCAGUCCCGUGCUGUCAAUGGCUUUUUGCUAGGAUUUGUUGUAAUGUGUUUUACUUUGCAGUGACUUAUUACACCAACAUGCAGCUUUGGGGCAUAAAAUUAAUGAAUUUGAGUUUGAAGGAAGCAUUGACAUGUCCUUUAUUAUUUCUCUUGGGUCAGAAGGAGGUGUACAUAUCACUCUUGAGUGGGUAAGGCUGAGCUCUACUCUGGAUUGCAGUUGGAGUUCUGAUAUGUUUUAUGGUGGAGUCAUUACCAGUCUUUGUUGAUCAAUAUUUAAGUGUCUUUAUGCUGAAAAACUAUCCUUCUUCUAUUAUGCACAUAUGCACUCUUUUUUUCUCUCUCUCUCCCCACUCUGAGCUUAUUAAAAAAGCCUUUAUCCUGACUCAUGAGGAAAACAAUAUUAAGCUUUCAGUUAUCCUGAGAAUCCUGUUCCAAUUGCCUUAUAAUCUUAAUGCACAGCCCAUUACAAAUGAAAUAACUGGAGAGAGAUUAUUUAUACAGACACAGCCAAACCUUUGAUAAGUGUAUUUUACUAUUUUAUUAAAGAUGGGAAAUUAUGAACACACA